AUGUGGCUACCCCCGCGGCCCAUCUUGCUGAUCGAUCCGGAUGUAUUCCAUCGGUUCGUCCUCGCGACUUGCGCGAGGGCCCCGACGGCGUCGCACGCGGACGCGUGCGCGUCGGGCGCCUACCAUUCGUAUUUCUCGUGGUCCGCGCCGCGGUUUGGCGGGGUUAUUCCGUGGUACACGCCCUGCGCCGACGCGCCGUUUGGUUUCGCCAACGUGUGCUUCGUCAUGCUCAGGCUCGUCUCGGACAAUUUAAGGAACGUCCCCGCGACCGAGGACGCGAGGCGCUGCGACCACGGCGAGGACCAAGCGACCCAGCUUGCGUGUAUCUACGGCCUCGCGCACCGGCCGACCAGAAACGCCUCGGAGCUGUGCGACCUCUCCCGUUUGAGCGGCGACCGCCUGCUCUCGCAUUCGCGCCAUACCAGUUACGCAGCUCACGCGAAGAUGAACCCGUACUUGCUCCUCGCGCUCGGCGUCGUCGCGACUUCGGGACCGUCCGCGGAGCUCUCCACGGCGUGGACCCCUGUGGGGCGCCGGCGACGGGACGCCCGCGUGGCCCAAAGGACCCCGGGGAUUUCAGAUUGGAGCAAGAAAUUGCGGGAGAACUACGACGUCGUGUCGGCGAGCGACCACGAGUGGUGCACGCUCACGCGCUACAACUGGGCGUGCGUCGGCGACGCGUACGCGGCGGUGCUCAAUCGCACGCGCCCCUACCGGCCCUGGCGCUUCCAGCUCGCCAACCUCCCGCUGGGCACGCGCGUCUUCGCGGACGGGAACUCGUACCUCGCGGAGCGGAUGACGACGCUGCUCUGCGGCUGUCAUUCCACCGACGUCUUCAAGUUCGACGUCACGGUAGUGUAA